CCCGUGAAUCUCUUUUUAAGCCUUAGUUGUAACAAAUCUUCACAAUUCUAUUCAAGGAUGCUUAUGAUAAACCUUCAACAUGACUGCCCUCGAUGAUAUACCCGGAAAUCUUCUCCGGAAGCCUUCGGGCAAACCGGAAGAUGAGCUUGAACGGGCACCUUCAAACUACAAACCACUACACUCCUUCAAGUUAGAUAAGGAAAAGUCGUAUCAGCAACAGUUUGCUGAUAUGUAUUUCCUACGGCUAACCAAGAUCAAACCCGCUGUGGAACAGCUCGCGGCUGCUGAUUGGGAGGGCGCUGUCAUUGGCGAUGAGCCCGUGAAGAAGGUCGAGCGAGUGCUAGAUAUCCGACAGGGUGAGCUAUGUUGGGUAUCGGGAACCGUCUACAUGGAUAUGUCCCUAAAACCCAAUAUUCUCGAGGAUGUCUCCAAAGAUCGAUGGCUCUCAGCACCCAUAUCGGAUAAGAAAUACUACUCAGAAGACGGUACCGACGCCGUCACCCUCGAAGACGAGUCCGGUCGUAUACGUCUCGUAGGCGACGCCCUAAAUUCCGUGAUCCUCGUCACCGGGUGCAUCAUCGCUGUUAUGGGCACCGAGAAUGUAAACGGCGAGCUCGAAGUAAUCGACCUAAAAUUCCCCGACCUUCCCCCACAACCCGACCGCUGGGCCCUCUCUAAACCCAUAACUACAAACGGUAGCUCCAAGAACGCUAAAGUGAAGAAAGACGAAGACUCCGAAAUGACAGACUCUCAAUCCCGCGGCAGCGGUAGCAAACUCGCCAUCGUCUCCGGGCUGGGGUUUUCCGGAAACGAUGCCUCGCACGCGAUUGAACUCUCCCUCCUCCUCGAAUACCUCCUCGGCGAAUCCCUCGACCCGUCAGCGCAGCAAGAGCUGUCUCAAAUAAGCAGAUUGAUCAUCGCGGGGAAUUCGAUAUCUUUAGAAGAGCGUCGGGCGACGGACGAAGAUAUGACGGAGAAGAAGGCGAAUAAGAAAUACGGAUACGACAGCAGCGCAUAUAACGCUCUUCCCUCGCAGCUAUUCGACGAGUUUUUGUCAACGCUGUUACCCACAAUGCCGGUUACCCUGCUUCCAGGCGCUCAGGACCCGGCGAAUACGAGUUAUCCGCAGCAACCGAUCCACCCGGCCAUGUUUCCGCAUUCGCGACCCUAUACAAUGCCACCCUCAACAUCAAGUGAUGCAACUGAGGGUUGGCUUGAUACUGUGACGAAUCCCUGGGAAGCCGAGGUCGAGGGAUGGCGAGUACUGGGCACGGGAGGCCAAAAUGUUGACGAUAUCUUCAAAUACGUCGGUAGCGACGAUCGCCUCGGCAUGAUGGAAGCCAUGUGUCGGUGGCGGUGCUGCGCUCCGACGGCACCGGAUACUCUAUGGAGUUACCCAUUCCAAGAUGACGACCCCUUCGUCAUGCAAACAUGCCCACAUCUAUACUUCGUCGGGUGCCAACCCGAAUUCGGCACCAAAGUCGUCCAAGGCCCCGAGGGCCAAACCGUGCGAUUAAUCGCCGUACCGUCCUUCGCAGCUACCCAAGAAUUGGUUCUGGUAGAUACCGAGACCUUAGAAGUUUCAAAAGUCAAGAUUACUGCAGGUUAAAACUGCAGCGAAAACUAUGGUAUAUAUAAAAGUAGCAUAGCAUAGGAGUUUAAAUGGCCCCGGAAAUAAAAGUUUGCGUCGAUAGGCAACUUACGACUAACCUUGACAGGGGGGGAAGCUAGUUUUGAGCAUCAUAAGAUGGAAAUCAUGGAUUCUCGGCUGUUGACUCGUUGGGAG